CUAUGAUGACUCAUCAAGCAAACUCCCCUUAUGCCCGCGCCUAGCCAAUCAGCUGUACGUAAAGUUGAAAGUUUCAAGUUCCGCUAAGAUCGCCCGUGUUUUGGCAGACGAAGAGGUGGAAUAAAACAGCCACGUCUCUUCUCUGCAUGCAACUGUCUCCUCUCCAUCUACCUCCUAUUACUAUCUUCCCCAGGAUAAGCAUCUUGUCUACACUUCUAUAUACACGAUAUGGCUAGAAUUGGGCGUAUCUUGACUCUCGUGGUCUUCGCCGCCGUCGCUCUGUUCCUCUUCAUGGGACAGACGGUCGAGGCCAAAGGUCCCAAGAUCACAAGCAAGGUCUACUUUGAUAUCGAGCAUGAUGGUCAGCCCCUCGGACGGAUUGUCAUGGGAUUGUACGGAAAGACGGUGCCAAAGACCGCUGAGAACUUCCGCGCUUUAGCUACUGGCGAAAAAGGAUUUGGAUAUGAGGGGUCUACCUUCCACCGAGUUAUCAAGGACUUCAUGAUCCAGGGUGGUGACUUUACCAAUGGUGAUGGAACUGGUGGAAAGUCCAUCUACGGCAACAAAUUCGAAGAUGAGAACUUCAAGCUACGCCACACCAAGACGGGUCUUCUCAGCAUGGCCAACGCCGGGAAAGAUACCAACGGAUCUCAGUUCUUCAUCACCACCGCUAUUACUGCCUGGCUUGAUGGAAAGCACGUCGUCUUCGGCGAGGUGCUCGAGGGAUACGAUAUCGUUGAGAAGAUCCAGGUCGUCCCCAAGGGCUUCCAGGACCGUCCCACCAAAGAUGUAAAAAUUGCCAAGUGCGGAGAACUUGAGAUGAAGGAGGAAACAGAGGGCGAAGGUACUGAAUCACCAUCUAAGCCCGACUCCGAGAAAGAACAGGCCCCAGUCCGUGAUGAAAUCUAAACGGUUUUAUCAAGAGCUCCUGGCCUCGUCAUACCCUGAACUUGCACAGAUUCACCUGUCCUUUCUUAAUCCUCAUCAUUAUUAUCAUCGUUUUCAAGUGCCAUGUCCUGAUAACUUACCGUCCGGAUCCGCUGAUGAUUAUGAACUGUGUCUAUCUAUGAAUUGAAAGGAUUCUUUGGACGCUUCAGAUUCUAUAGAGGCAGUCAAGCCCCCAUGACGCCAGACAGCACAAAGUAGAAGACAACUAUGCAAUCCAACUUACUCCCAACAUCUUGCUUGCUCUCCUGCGCUUGUAUAUUCAAUUUAUCAUUCCUACCUGUGUUCGCUUUGAUUCUCGGUAUAGUCGUCGCUCUAUACAAGUCGGUCUCCGUAAGUACGAACUAUCACCUUGUCCGUUCGUAGUUUUAUUGUGGAUGAUGAUAUUAGCGUUUAUUCGUUGGAUGGCAUGGUUCUCACAGUAAUAGUCACAGUCGCCUCCAUGCCAUAACAAUUGGUUGCUGCUAACAUUCAAUCCUUCAUCGAGCUAAGCCUUAGCCUCGGGGUAAAACGAUCGAUGCCAAUGCCAGGGUCCCUACAGCCCGAUCCUUCUCAUCCACUCCGCCACAGUCAGCCCUAUCAACAGGCAUCCUCGGCGGCCC